CUCUUGCUACCUGCGUCAGGCCUUUGUCACUCUUGCUACCUGCGUGAAAUAAUUUCCCACAAACCUACAAUUGCGAGCUGCCCCAGGGGUAGAUACACAGUCGGGGCUAGUGCAUUCUAGGCGAUUGAAUGUUAAAGUUUAUAACGCUGUUUACGUAAAUAGUUUUUUGUAAAUACUUAUUGAAUUAGUUUUUGUUUAGUGUUUUGUAAAUUUAAUUGUAGGAUAAAAUAGUUAUAAAAGGGUUUAAUGUAAUUUAAAAAUAAUAUAUUUGUAUAUUACCCUAUCUAUUUUGAUAAAUUAUAAUGGCAAAGCGUCGUUCCUACACUAAUUGUUGCGUGGAUGGUUGCUUGAACAAACAAAAGGAUUCAGAUACUAUAUCAUUUUUUAAGUUACCGAAGGAUAGUGAAAGGCGCAAAGAAUGGUUAAAAAUUAUCGGAAGACCGGAUUUAUUAAAUAAACCGAACUUAAAACACGGAAGUUACAAAGUAUGUUCACAACAUUUUGAAAAUUCAAUGAUGUCUUUUGUAAAUAAACGAAUACUGAUUCCAACUGCAAUACCAACAUUACAUAUUAUAGGAACCGAGUCACAACAGCAACAGAGUACAUCAAAAACUGAAAAUCUUCGGAAAACUUUCGACGUAUCUAUACAAACCAUGGAUUCACAUAUAAACAUAUUACCUGUAGAUAAAAUUAAAAAUGCUUCUAUGACCGAACAUCAGACACAAACUGACAUAAACAUAAAAGAAAUGCAGACUCAAACUCCAGUAGCUCUUUCAUCAGGUACGCCAAGGAAAAGGAAGCUAUAUUUACAAUUACAGGAGUCUGAAGUUAAGAGAAAGCGAUUACAAUAUGAACUAGACCAAAGGAAAAUACAAUUAGAAGCCUCAAAAUCAAGUUCACUUGCUCUAUCCGACGAUGAUGAUGAUGGUAAAAUAACUAGAAUAUUUUCUAAACUUAGAGAAUGGCAGAAGAGCUUAAAAAAUAAAUAUAAAGGUAAUCGCUAUGAUCCUGAAUUUAAAUUGUUUGCAAUGAAUCUUCAUUUUUCCAGCCCGCGAGCUUACCGCAGUUUAUCAUCAUUACUAAAAUUGCCUAGUGAAAGUACUUUAUCAAGAUUGAAACUAAAUAUUCGACCAGAAAUAGAUGACCGGAUUUUUAAUACCAUUGCUUCAAAAUUUAAAUCAUUGCCUGACACAGCUAAAUACUGCAUAAUAUGUGUAGAUGAGAUGGUUUUAAAGCGACAUUUGUAUUAUGAUAUAAAAAAUGACGAAAUAAUUGGACUUCACAAUGUUAAUGGAAAUAUAACCAAUGAAGCAGCUUCAAAUGCUUAUGUUAUUAUGCUUCGGGGAAUAGUAGUUAAUUGGAAGCAACCAAUAGCCUACGCCUUACUAGCAAGCACCAAGCAGUACGAAGAGUUGGACAACUGGAUGAACGAAGUUAUGUCUAAAUUAUUUCAGAUAGGUAUAAAAGUGAUGGCUAUUGUAUCUGAUCAGGGGUCAAAUUUUGACAGAUAUGCAAAAGAAAUUAAACAAGUAACCAUAGAAAAGCCAUACUUCAUUUUUAAUAACCACAAAAUUUAUUACAUUUUUGAUGUACCGCACAUGCUCAAAUGUGUGAGAAAUAAUCUCCUUACUAAUGAUUUUUUUUAUGAUGGAAAAAGAAUUUCAUGGAUGUAUAUAGAAAAAUUGUACAAACAUCAAAAGGAAAAAAACUUAAGUCUCAUACCGAAAGUUACGGAUGCGCAUAUUGAACCCAAUAACCUCCAAAAAAUGCGUGUAAAAUAUGCCGCACAAAUUUUUAGUCAAAGUGUGUAUGGUGCACUUAAAACAUAUAUUUACGCAAAAAUGUUACCUGAGGAAGCAACAUCAACUGCAAAUUUUGUAAUAUCAAUGAACGAUUUAUUUGAUGUUCUUAAUUCAUCCAAAACUAAAAGCACUAACAAGAAUCAAGUAGCAUUUAGCUUAAAUGAUUACCAAAUUCAGAUAUUAGACGCUGCAAAGAAAAUAUUUAGCGAAAUCAUUGCCAUAAAUCGUAAAACGGGUACUAACAAUACGAAUAAAAUAAAAACUUUUAAAAAUAUACAAAUAACGUUGCAGGCAAUUAUUAAUCUAAGCAUAGAUUUAAAAAAGGAAGGCAUACAUUUUAUCUUUACUAGGAGACUGAACCAAGACCCGCUUGAAAUUUUUUUUGGCGCGAUACCCCAACAAGGAGGGAACUGCAGAGAACCUACCCCGAUUCAGUUUACGAGAGCCUUUUCGAAGUUAUUCAUUUCUAAUAUGGUGAGAAAUUCUCCAUCCAGUAACUGCGAAGGAAACAUUUGUGAUUUGCUCUUAAAAGGAAACUCUACUUUAAAAGAAAUAAAAUCAUUAAGUUUACCAAGUACACAAGAAACUUCAGUAACGGUUAGAUUGGAAGGGGAGAAAGACUAUCGAUUUGACGUGCCAACAUAAUACGCGAUAACAUACGUGGCCGGAUACCUACUUCAUAAAUGUAAAAUAAAACAUACAUGUACAAAAUUUACCGAAUAUUUAAAAAAAUCAUCCCUCCCCCAAACUGAUUCGAAAAUAUAUUCUUAUUUUAAAGCAUAUAAUAAAAAAGCAUCUUUUUACGGUAGCUUAAAAAUUCCACCUGUUGAUUUUAUCAAUUAUGUAAAAGAAUUAGAAAAUAUAUUAAUUCAUAAUUUUGAAUAUGUAAUUUUGAAAAAACCAGCAAACAAAUUACUACAAUUAUUAACAAAUAUCAAUUUUAUCACUCCAUGUCCAUGUUUUCCUUUUUAUUAUUUACUAAAAUUAUAUGUAAGGUUUAAAGUUUUUUCCACAAUUAAAUUUAAUAACCGGUAUUUUAGAGACGGAAAAAAAUGUAUUAAGCAUUAUAUUAAAGUAAAACAACUGUAAAGUAAAUAAAUUAUCAUAAGUUAU